AUGAUUGGUGCCAUUUCAAGUGGGACCAUGGCUGAUUUCUUUGACAUUGAGAAUAUCAAGUGCUUUCUGCAUAUGAGGGUGGCUAGCAAUUUACUUUGCUCAGCUACAAGUGUUGAAGGUUUGUUUCAAGCUUUGAGUUUCGAUUCAUUAUUCCUCAUUAAUAAAUCAACAUAUCCAAAUCGAUUGGUUUGUUUUCGAUUCCUUUGUUUCGAAAGUCAGAAAAUCGGGCAUCGGUUUGUUUCGGUAGCUACAAAUGAAUGUAUUUUGGAGCCUUCCAACACUUAUGAACACCAAGUGUUCGAUGAAAUUCCCCAACGAGAUGUUUCUGGAUUGGCUUACUUCGUGAACAGGUUGGUUAUUUCUCCCCUAUGGAGGUUGUCAUCAGGAAAGCUCAAAAUCUAACAAUGACCCAGUUUCAAAUAGUUAAAUCUUCUAACGACAAUUGAACAGACAUUGAGAAUAUCAAGUGCUUUCUGCAUAUGAGGGUGGCUAGCAAUUUACUUUGCUCAGAUAUUGGAAGACUAUCAACAUGAUUUGGAGUGGGGUCUUUUCAUAUGUGGUACCUGUGUUCAUUGCUGAAAAAAGCACCCCAAACAAUUCUGAGGCUUGGUAACGACAACAAAUCAGGCUUGCCUACAAGCCAUUGCAAGCUACUCGUCAAGUACCCAAGGACUUGUAGCUGUUUUUCAAAUGUUUGGUUUAAUUUGACAUUUACUUAGAUAUUUGAUUUAAAAAGUUUAAAAAUAUUGAUGAAAAAUAAUGCAAUUUUUAUUAUUUUCUAUGUGCUACUGUUGAAUUAUUUAUUUUAUG